AUGAAACCCCUCAGCAUUGUAGAAUUGAUUUUUCUCUCAGGGGAAAUUAUUAGUAUAUGUUAUACCUACUGCUGUGCUUGUGCUGAGAACCUGCGCAAACUGAUUGAAGAAACUACCUCCCUGAGCGGCAUAUUCGUGGCCAUUCAGGGACUGCUCGACGCGGACAGAUUUUCGACUUCUCAGAAGGAAGUAUUGCACAAUGUACUCGCAGAAUGUCAAGGGACGCUAAGGAAACUGAAGGAUAUCCUUCAGUCAUUACGGACAGGGCCAACGAAAAAGAAAAUGCGGGCCAUGAAACGCUUGCUCUGGCCGCUGAAACAAGCAGAAGCUACAGAGAUUCUGGCGACUUUAAGCCGGCACAAGAGCUCACUCAAUUUACUACUGGCUCUGGAAGCAACAUUGGAAGCCCAGAAAACUCAGAUUGUCCUUCAAGAGCUUCAACAGGCGCUUGAGGAAGGACGGACCUGGGUUCUGAACAGUGGCCAGCUGCAGUGGUGGUUUGCUGGAAAAUACCGCCUCCUGUGGAUCCAUGGAACUCCAGGGUCCGGCAAAACAGUACUGAUGAGCACUAUAUUAAACCAAUGCCUCCCCUCUAAAGUUUCAGAGAAGAACGUGGUGGCUUACUACUAUUGUGACUUCCGAAGCUAUGACAGCUGUCGCCCGGAAUCCGUGGUGGAAACCAUUAUUCUUCAAAUUUGCCACACCCUGCAUUGCCUUCCAGUGGGCGUACAAGACGCAUUCUCACGACAUAUUGAAAAAGACGGCAAGGAUGUUCCUGCAAGCUUGGAAGAACUGGAAAUCGUGCCCGGCCAGGUUCUGCCUCUCGUACCAAACUUCACCGAUCAACCAAGAAUAUCAACCCAAGGCAAAGACGCUAGUGAGGAUAUCCACUACUACAUUCGUGUUUCUGUGGAGGGAAGGCCAAGACUACGGAAGCAUAAUGUGGUCUUGCAAGAACAUAUGGUAGAAACUCUUUCGCAGGGUGCAGGAGGAAUCCGCCUCAGAACCGACGGCGUCAUGAAGUCUGCCCUACGCGGCCUUUUCCCCAAUCUUGACAAAACCUACGAACGAAUUCUGAACCGCAUCUCUGAAUACAGAGAUGAUAAACUUCGCGAUCCCGAAAACAUCCUGGAAAUUUGCGGUUCACUAAUGGUGCCUGCAUCAUACUCGCCCAUAAUUCUCAGAGGCCCUUUCUUGACACUCGAAGAAAUGACCACUCGCCUAACAACCUGGCCCCGGUUUCUAUACAUCUCGCACAACUGUGCGGACCAUGCCCGCGCCCACCUAGAUCCAUGUCAAAACAAAUGCAUCUACGAUCUCGCAACAACGUUCUUCGCAGACACAGCCUCUCCAAACUUCUUAUACUGGAUACAGAUCCUCCUCCUACAUCCAAGUCGUUCUCCCUUCAACUGGAAUAAAGUAUUCAUCGCGAGCGGGGGCGAACGUGUGGGCGGGACACCAUUGCAUGCAGCCUGCUGGCGUGUGCAGGUUGAGUUGAUACCAUUGCUGCUAAGAUCCGGGGCUGAAUUAGAUGUUAUAGGUAAGAAUGAUGGGAUGCCAAUAGAUUUAGCACGAGUUGCGGUUUCGGCGGGACAUGAGGAAGUUUCCAGGAUAUUUCCAGAGCAGAGGGUCAUAGAGCUGAGGUUUCAUGGUGACGGCGGAGAUAGUGGACAUGAUGAAGGUCAUGACAAUGGGAAAACGUCGAGGUUUAAGAUAAAGUGGAGGCCGAGGGUUAUUCGAUGA